AGUAGGAGGGUUAGCGAUAUUAUCAGAAUUAAUAGGAGGGUUAGUGAUAUAUGUUGAAAUAUCAGUAUUAGUUGUUUCGGUAUUAGAUGUUUUAGAAGGGUUAGUGGUAUUAGAUGUUGUAUUAGUAG